CUGUCACCCGUACAAGACCUCCACAGGCUUAUCAGCUGCUGUCCUGGGUCCCAUGUUGUGCACAUCACAUCGAGGCCCAUCCAAGUUUUCCCUGCACUCUCCUGCCAAGUUGAUAUCAUAUAGCACCUGACUCUGUCUAUCCCUGUCUGAACAAGGUCUCAGAACAAGAAAUUACAAGAUGUCUGACCAACAGGAUUCUGUUCUCACCAAUGGGGUUCCUGACAUUGAAAGGAGUUCUGAGAGUUCUAGUGUGAUUGGCAUUCCUCUUGGAGAAACCAAACCGUUAUUACCAGUUGACAAACUUCAACAGAAGGAAAUCUACUGCAGUCCCCUCGUCAACGGAGGGGUAGUAGACCAUCCACAACCAGAGUCAGAGUCAGAGUCUGAUGGAGAAGACACAGACAGUCAGGAGUCAGUUGCUGUAGAACCUGCAGUGAUAACCUCAUCAAGAAUACCUGAAGCACCAGCCAAAUUACCCAGAUCCCCUGGACAAGAGGGACCUCAAGGGGAUCCUCUCUCAGGUGCCUCGGUGCCCCUGAAGCUGUCGGAUGUGUGCCUGGCCACAGCAGAGCAGCUCUGGUGCACCUCCAGGGACCAGGCGGUUAAGCUGAGGAUGGCUGAGACGGGGCCGGGAUCCGAGGCCCCCAUGACUAUCCACCAGAUGUUCUUAAAGACGGUGAAGAUCUAUGGAGACCUGCCUGCGGUGGCGUCCAAGAAAGAGGGGCAGUGGGUAACCCUGACCUGGAGGGAGUACUACCAGCAGUGCAGAGCGGCGGCCAAGAGCUUCCUCAAGUUGGGUCUGGAGCGUUACCAUGGCGUCGGUAUUCUGGGAUUUAACUCUCCUGAGUGGUUCAUCUCAGACAUCGGCUGUAUCCUGGCUGGGGGUUUUGCUGCAGGCAUAUACACCACCAACUCCCCCGAGGCGUGUCAGUAUGUGGCAGACAACUGUGAGGCCAACGUCCUGGUGGUGGAGAACCACAAACAGCUCCUCAAAAUCCUCCAGAUUAAGGAACAGCUUCCACACUUGAAAGCUAUUGUUCAGUACAAGGAUGAACUUCAACAGAAGCUGCCAAACCUGUACACUUGGGCUGAGUUUAUGAAGCUGGGUGAGGAGGUGUCUGAUGAACGGCUAGAUGCUGUGGUGGACAGUCAGAGGGCUAACCAGUGUUGUACGCUCAUCUACACCUCUGGAACCACAGGCAACCCCAAAGGGGUCAUGCUAAGCCAUGACAAUAUCACCUGGACUUCAAAUGCGGUCGGAGCCAUGACAAGUAUGCAACAUGGUGUGGAGUGCGUGGUGAGCUACCUGCCCCUGAGCCAUGUAGCUGCCCAGAUCAACGACAUGUGGAUCUCCAUGAGAUUUGCAGGGGCAACGUAUUUCGCAGACCCAGACGCCCUGAAGGGCUCUUUGGGGACUACUCUGAAAGAGGUGCGCCCCACAAGUUUCCUGGGAGUUCCCCGUGUGUGGGAGAAGAUGCAGGAGAAGAUGAAAGCCAUCGGAGCCAAGUCCUCUGGUAUGAAGAAAAGAGUGGCUAACUGGGCCAAAUCCAUCGGAUUGCAAGCCAGCUACAGUGCCAUGAAUGGUGAGAACCUGGUGCCCUGGGGCUUCAUGCUGGCAAACAACCUGGUGUUUAAGAAAGUUCGCUGGGCCUUGGGUCUGGACCGCUGCAAGAGCUGCUUAACGGGGGCCGCACCCAUCACUAAGGAGACUCUGGAGUACUUCAUGAGCCUUAGCCUCCCGCUGUAUGAGCUGUAUGGGAUGAGUGAAAGCACCGGCCCUCACACCAUCUCCUGGGAGAAUGACUUCAAGAUCAUGAGCUGUGGAAAGGUGGUGGUUGGCUGCCAGACCAAGUUGGACAAGCCAGACGAGGAUGGGAAUGGUGAGAUCUGUUUCUGGGGGCGUCAUGUGUUCAUGGGCUACCUGAAUGAGCCAGAGAAGACUGAGGAGGCCCUGGACCAGGAGGGCUGGCUGCACUCUGGAGACCUGGGCAAGCAUGACAAGGACAACUUCCUAUUCAUCACAGGGAGGAUAAAGGAGCUGAUCAUAACAGCAGGAGGAGAGAACAUCCCACCUGUACCCAUUGAGGAUGCAGUGAAAGCAGAGAUCGCCAUCAUCAGCAACGCCAUGUUGCUCGGAGACAAGAUGAAAUUCCUCUCCAUGAUGCUCACGCUCAAAUGUAUAGUUGACGACAAUGGUGAUCCGACGGACGAGCUGACCGCAGAGGCUGUGGCGUUCUGCCAUCAGCGUGGCAUAACGGCAACCAAGGCCUCUGAGAUCAUAGCCUGUAAGGAACCAGCUAUUUAUAAGGCCAUCCAGGAGGGCAUAGAGCAUGUCAAUGCUAAGGCCACCUCCAAUGCCCAGAGGGUCCAGAAGUGGGUCAUUUUGGACAGAGAUUUCUCUAUAUCUGGGGGAGAACUGGGACCUACCAUGAAGCUAAAGAGGGGGGUUGUUGUCAAAAAGUUCUCGGAGAAAAUCAACAAGAUUUAUGGAAUGGCACAAGAAUAAUAGAGGAACUGAACAUGGACUAGAGAACACUUGAGGACUGUAGUUAUUGGACUAUUAAAUGCAUCUGUAGACAUUUGAGUGUGUCUUGUUUUCCAGUAAUUAGAGAAUUAUCCCAUUGGUAUCUGCUCCAUAUCAAUAUUUAAGCUGUUUUAAUGUACAUAAAAUUUCACAACAUUGAUAUUUGCACUUUUGUUUUGUAAAUAAACCUUAUAUUCAUCAUCAAUGCUAUACUGUACCCAUUUCAAGUAAAGGAAAAUGCCUCAAAACAAAAUCAUUAAUGUAAUGUUUGUUAAGUGAUUCUAUCAUUAUUUGGAUGGUAUACUGUAAUAUUUUCAUUUUAUUUUAGCCAAUUAUUUUCCGUGUACAUUAUAAUAAAUAUUAAUUUUUUUA